AGCCAGCCAACGGCGGGCGGCCCAACGUCCGCCGAGGCCCCGCCCCCGCUUGUGUCAGCUCCUGAGUAGGCGGGGAAAUGGCGGGGACGGGGCUUGGCCGCAGCCAAUCAGCUCUGGAGGAGCGAAAAGGCGGGAAAAGGCGGAACCAAAAGAAGGCGGAGGUGGCGCCAGAGACCAGGAGGGUAGGGUGGGCGGAAGGAAGAGCCGGCCUCCAGGUGACGCAGACCGGACCUCCAGAGUAGGGGUGGCCCUUUGUCAGGCAGGAUCACCCCCCAGCCCCACCACCCCCAUUCCAGGUCCUUAAAGGGAAGACUCCAAUUCUAAAAAGCAGCCCAGCCCGGGGUGGUCCUGGACCCUCUGGAGGGCGGCGGCGUCCAGCAAGCAGCACCCAGCACCCCUGCCCCCGCCUCCCGGGGCCCCAGGAGCAGGGCGGCCGCCAUGCACAUCCCCGAAAGCCUCCAGGAUCUGGCGAACAGUGAAGCCGUGCAGUUUCUCAAGAGGCCGAAGACAAUCACCCGGAUCUUUGCAGGGGUCUUCUCCCUCAUCGUCUUCUCCUCCCUGCUGACCGACGGCUACCAGAACAAGACAGAGUCUUCGAGGCUGCACUGCGUGUUCAACAGCAACAGCGUGGCCUGCAGCUUCGCCGUGGGGGCCGGCCUGCUGGCCUUCGUCACCUGCCUGGCCUUCCUGGCCCUCGACACCCACGAAAGCCGCCUGGGCAGCCCCCGCUUCAAGACGGCCUUCCAGCUCCUGGACUGCAUCGUGGCUGUCCUGUGGACGGGCGUCUGGUUCGUGGGCUUCUGCUUCCUGGCCAACCAGUGGCAGCAUUCGCCACCCGACGGGUUCCUCCUGGGGAUCAGCAGCGCCAAGGCCGCCCUCACCUUCACCUUCUUCUCCGUGCUCGGCUGGAUGCUCCAGGCCUACCUGGCGCUCCAGGACCUCCGGAAUGACUCCCCGGUCCCUUACAAGCGCUCCCUGGAUGAAGGUGGGGUGGUGCUGACUGCCCUGCCCCCGCCCUCUGCCGUCGGCCCCGUCCACACGCCCGCCGCAGACCCCAACAGCCUGAGCUGCGGCACCUCCGCCCUCUCCCCCUACCUGAGCACGCCCAAGGCCCCCGCCUCGCCAUGAUGCCGGACAACUGAACACCCUCACCCACGUCAGUAAAGAGACGGGCCUCCCUCCAGGCCUUCUGAAAACA